AUGGGAGCGAAGCAUUCCUGCUUUUCCAACCACCGAGGCAGCCUCUCGCAGCAGCCACACCAGCCGGCGCCUGUCAGGGUCGUUGCCGCCGACGGAUCGCUGAAGGAGCUCCAUGCCAGCCCACGCGUCACCGUCUCCGACGUCCUCGGCGGCAGCGCCGCGUCCUUCUUCGUCUGCAACUCCGACGCGCUCUACUUCGAGAAGAGCCCCCCGGCGCUGGCAUCCGGGGAGGUACUACGGCCGGGGCACAUAUACUUCGUGCUCCCGGCGGCGUUGCUCGGGCGGCCGCUAUCCAGCGCCGACAUGGCCUCGCUUGCGGUGCGCGCGAGCUCGGCGAUCGCGGCCAAGAAGCCGCAGCGGAGGCGCUGGCGCCGCAGCGGCGGGAGGAAGAAGGUGCGCGUCAUGCCGGUGUGCGAGGAGGUGGAAGACGGCGAGGACGUUCUGCUCAACGAGAAGCUUAACGAGCGGACGCUCGGGGAGUUCGCGGUGUCGCCGAAGAGCCAAGAGAAGAUGGCCGCCGUGGCGGCGCGGUCGCGGCUGAAGGUGAAGCUGAUGCUGAAGCGCGCUCUGAGUAUCAUUCAAGAGGUUGCUGAGUGA